AGUGUUUUGUUAUACAGUUAUAUUGAUCCAUUUUUAACAAAACUAACAUGUGGUUUUCCCCGUGAACCUAUUUGCGUUUUUAUAGCACAACAAGAGGGAUUUUUGUUUGGGGUGGGGGCUGUUUAAGUUUUUGGGAUGACGUUUUUUUGCGGAAGGAUCUGAAUGCAGAAAGUGGUGUUGUUGUGGAGCGCAAUUCGAAACUUGUUUUGUUUUAUUUUAAUGUAAUAUACGCGAGUGUUUUAUUUUGUAUUAUUUUUCCAACUAUUCGUUUGUAUCAUUUGUAGGUACAUACUUUUUUAUGAUAGGCAGACCUGCCUUUUUUUGUAGACAUAUAUUUGUAAGAUGGCCAUCGUGGACAAGGAGACAGACGAGAGGAAAAUGUUGUCUCCUUUGGAGGAGGAUUCUGUGUCUGUUUCAAGAGAGCCUCUUGAUUUUCAUAAACUCACUCCUACUCAGUUUGGCAUUACUGUCCAAAGUUUCAGCCCGGCACCAUCAGGAAGCAAAGAAAAGUCUCGUUUGGCACAAUUAAAGGCAAGAAGAAGGUCUAGUGUUGGUGUGAGGGGCUCACCAGAAACAAACUCGCUCAUCCGCUUCAUUGCGCAACAAAAAAUGAAGAAUUCUUCAAACUGUCGAACUCCAGAGCAGCUUGUUGGAGGUAGCCCCUUCCUUCCUCGGGUAGCAUCCACCCUGAAGCAGAAAAUAGCUUCCUUCCAUAGCCUGAUGGGUGUGGAGGAAAGCGAGGUCUGUGAACUGAUGCCAAGGCAGGGCGACAACACUGGAGGAUACAUGAAGACAAGAGAUUAUCUAUCUGAUGAAUACAACCAAGAAGAAGGGAAAGAGAAUCAUCAUCGCCUGGUGUCACCUUCACCAAGCAAGAAGCGUCGUGUGGGCCCCCUCAAAGGCUGUGAAGUGCAGAUUAGAGAAGCAGACACUCCAGAUGUUCACUUCAAUGGGAGUGACAAGGAGGGAGAUAAGGAACCAGUGGCAGGAUGCAAUGACAGUGUCCAAAAAGGACCACUGCCGUCAAGUGACAGUGAAGAAGAAACCCAACUUGUGCUCCCAUCUACGCCUCUUCAUGGUUUUUGCGAGCCACCCACGUCCUUGGAACAUUACGCCUUUUCUUCCAAAAACCAGCAACAGGACAAUGUGGUUGAACCGCAAAGCCCCAGCCGACCACGUCCCAGGAACCUUACAUCAGCUUCAACAGAGUCUUUCUCUGCUUUCCAGUUCCCAUUUCUCACCUCUCAAAUGGAGAUAAAAUCAGCAGAAGAAAACGAGUCCUCUGAGGCAUCUGCAGCCAAGAAAAAGAAGCGGGUGUGUUUUGGAUGCCCUCUUUCCCCUGAGUUCUUUGAUCAGCAGCUGCCUCCCAGCACCCCAUUGCAGAAGGGGGGAACACCAGCUCGGCCCUCCACACCAGGUGGGAUCUUAAAGCUGAAAUCAGCAUUGAAGACACCGCAGAGAAAAGAAACGUGUACCCCGCAAGCCCAGGCAGAUCUCGGCCAUGUAUUUGGUGGCUCCCCGGUUCUUGCAAUGUCUUACAACCACCGAAUGCUACAUAUGGCCGAAGAUGGAGUGGAGAAGUUUGAAAAGAUCAUUUUUCCUUCAAUCGAAGACAGUGACUCUGCAGUUAUGACUGAUACAGAAUUAAUUAAUGAUGCCCAGCUGAAUUUAAAUGAUGCUUUUCAUGAUGAGGCUCCUUCUCCAGUGGUAACAGCAGAAGUGAAGUCUGAGAAAAGUCCAGCCCACCAGUCGAGUGCCCUUAAUGCGCUUGAAUCUUUGUCAGUAGAGAAACAACCUGAGACAGUCAGUACUGCUGCACCGAGAUUGAGGAACCUGGAAAAAAAGGCAGUGGCUGAAUCUCAAUCUGCUCCUGAAUUUCCAGCUGUGCGUAGUCGGAAGAGAAAGCAACCUGAGCAGAGCAAACCUGUGAGGAGGUCGACACGCUCUGCUGCCAAGCCUUCUGAGACGAUUAAAGUGGCCAAUCGGUGGAAAAAGGAAGUCAACCUUUCUCUUUAUGGCUCUCGAGAAUACGCAUCCAAGAAUCCCAGCCUCAGUCCCAUCACAGAGUUUUUCAUCCACCAGCCAGCAGCAGCACAAUGCAGUCCCACUGGCUCUGCAGAUGAAAGUGCAUACCUGAAGAAUGAACCCAGUGAAUCAUCAAGCAGUGGCCCUGGGACUUCAGUUCUUCCUGGUGAAAGUCCAUCAGGAGCUCCAUUGUCCUCUGGCAAAAGAACAUUGGUCACAAACGGUUGCUCAUCGAGGCCCAAGGCUACAAGGCGGAGAUUAUCCAAGGCCCGUGUUUCAAUAGACAACCCGCUACAUGUGGAGCCUCAGAUGCAGACCAAGGAGAAGACAAGCGAGAUUCAUGAAGAAAAGAUCACUCCAAUCACCGCUGUGUCACUAGAAGUCCAAACAGAACAAGUGUCAGUUGGCGCUGAAGUACUUUGCACCCUAACAGUUGCUGACACACCCAGCACAGACACAGACACAAAUUCAGAAUGUCUUCUGGGUGUUGAUGGCUCCACCUCAGCCUGCCUGUUAGAAGGAGAACAAAGCAGUGCAGUGACCUUGACAGCCUCGUCCCCCGGGACAACCCAGCAGCCCCAAAACGUGUCCAGUUGCCCGAGGCGCUCCGUGAACCUGGCGGAGGAACAACCUCAACCGGAAGCAGAAACACAGCAGGAAAGAAAGAGUGACUCACCGAAUGAAACUCCUGGAGAGGAGACACAAGUCGACAGUGGCCUGGCUUCCUGGCAAGCCAACUUUAAUUUUGAGGAUGUCUUCAAACGUGUCCCCAGCAGGAGGCAGCGCUCAGUGCGCCGCAGCCUAAGGAACCAAAGCACCACAAAUGACGACACUGGUCUGGCCUGGAUGCCUCGGAUCUCCCCUGAAAUACUAAAAAGAACCAGCAGGAAGACCCGGCGUCGCAGAUUUGAUUCUACUGUUCUACCCACCAGCCCUGUUUGAGGACACAUAGCAUGCCACAUGUUGGUACCUGGACAAUUUUUUGCUUUUCACUCAAAUAUUCCUUACUUGUUCCCCCCACCGCCCCUUCUGAAUUAAAUUGGGUAUUUUGCGA